UUCUCUCUCCCUGUAAUCAACAAAACGCUUUAUCUCUCCUCAGCUACCAGCUCGCGAGCAGCCUCUUCCAUGGUGUUUAUCUGACCGACCUUUAGCUUUCCGGAAAUAUCUUUCCUCCAAUUCAAACAUGGUUGCCGCUUUGCUUGCGAACCCUAAUUUGUCCACACCUUUCCUCGGCCUUAAACUUUCAUUGCGUCAGAAUUCGAGGAAUUUACCCACGCGUGGAGUCAAUUUAAGGUUGCCUAGAUGUGCUGUUGAUACGCCUUAUGGAGGUAAUUCUUCAAAGUUUCCAAGGCUGAAUAUCUGGGAUCCUUAUAAGCGCCUUGGUAUAAGUCCAUAUGCCGCUGAGGAUGAAAUCUGGAGUUCUCGCAACUUUCUUGCAGAGCAAUAUGCUGGAGAUGAGAGAAGUGUAGAGUCUAUAGAGGCUGCCUUUGAGAAACUUCUUAUGAGAAGCUUUUGGGAGAGAAAGAAAACAAAGAUCAACCUGAAGACAAGGUUGAAGAAGAAAGUUGAGGAAUCUCCUCCUUGGGUGAAGAAUUUGCUCAAUUUUGUUGAGCUUCCUGCAACUGUCAUCAUUCUUAGAAGACUGUUUUUAUUUGCAUUCAUGGCUUGCUGGAGUAUAAUGAAUUCUGCUGAAGGUGGACCAGCUUUUCAGGUGGCUAUCUCUCUGGGAGCUAGCAUAUACUUCCUAAAUGACAAGACGAAGAGCUUAGGGAGGUCUGCUAUUAUUGGGUUUGGAUCACUUGUGGCUGGUUGGCUAUGUGGCUCUUGUCUGGGUCCGAUGGUACCAGCAGCUAUAUUACCACCAACGUGGUCUCUAGAACUCCUUACUUCUUUGCCAGUGUUUGUUUCUUUGUUUCUUGGUUGUACCUUUCUUAAGUAAAACAUAUAAGUCUGUUCUUCAAAUUGUCACGAAAGGUGAACAUUUCAUUAAAAGGUGCUAAUCAUUUGUUAAAACAGGUCUAUCAAUCUGAACUUGACUAGACUAGUACCUCUUUGUUCUGUGUA